CUGUCCUGACAGUGGUAGGCAAGUCAUUCCACCACUGAGGAACCAGAACGGAAAACAGGCGUGAACGUGCAGCUCGACCGCCAGGUGCCUGUAGAGAGGGAAUCGUAAGGCGACCAGAGCUGGCAGACCGGAGUGGUCUAGCUGGGGAGUAGGGAGUGAUCAGGGAUUGUAUGUAAUGUGGGGCAGUCCCCUUAGCAGCCUGAAAUGCCAACACUAGGGCCUUGAAUCGGAUGCGUGCGGCAAUAGGAAGCCAGUGGAGGCCAAUGAGAAGCGGGGUGACAUGAGCCGACCUGGGCUGACUGGUGAUCAAGCGGGCUGCAGCAUUCUGGACCAGCUGGAGGGGCUUGAUGGCGCACGCUGGGAGACCGGCAUUACAUGUGUAAUUACAUGUGUAAUUACUUCAGAAAUAUCCCUGCAUUAGCUAUUUUCAGCCUCUGGAUUAGGCUACUAUCACCGACUAUCACGGUUUGCUCUAUUGGAGUGUGGCGCUACCCUCCCUAAAGAACCAUAGAUUGUGUCAUUGGUCUUCGCUUAUAAAGCUGUUUUAGGCAAACUUUCUCAUUUUCCAUCUCAUUUAAAAAGGACUAAUAGUAGUUAUAACCUGUGUUCCAUGCUUUCAUGCUUUUGAAUUUGAAUUUGAAUUUGAAUUUCCUUGUAUCUGUACGAAAUUUCUACUUUGUGCCCUCUAGUUCUGCUAAUCGAACCCAUGUCAGGGUUGGGAGGUAGUACCGGUCGUGGCCACCAGGUAUCCAAGGUCCAAGGUAUCAAAUGAGCCUCAAACCACUGUACUGUUGUCAGAUAUGCAGUAGAUACUACAAGAAUUGUUUCUCCUGAAUAUUUUUUUUCCAUUGAGUCCCACAGGAAAAUUUGUGAAGAGAAAAAAAUUAUUGUAUUUUUUCAUUAGCCUACUUUUGGACUUCUACCCCGGGUGCUAUGGCCCCUCACAGUCUAUGAGGUCCCAAUUUCAACAGUGGAGAAACUGGAAAGAGGAGUCACAGGCUACAUUAAGAAGUGGCUCGGAGUCCCACGGUGCCUUUCCACCAUAGGCCUCUACGGAGAUUGUGCCCUCAAACUGCCUCUCACUAGUCUCACAGAGGAGUUCAAGUGCGCUAAAGUGAGACUCCAGAUGACACUGAAUGAAUCCCAAGACGCAGUAGUGAGUAACAACGCACCGACCUUGGCAGCAGGCCGCAAAUGGAGACCAGCCAGAGCAGUGGAGGAGGCAACAACAGCUCUCAGACAUGCGGACAUCGUGGGACAUGUUCAGCAAGGAAGAGGAGGCCUCGGGUUAACAAGUAACCACCCAGCUUGGAACAGAGCCACAGCUCCAGAACGUAGGAAGAUGGUGGUGGAGGAAGUACGCCACCAGGAGGAAGCCGCAAGGUGGGCUAAGGCCGUCUCCCUUGUUAAACAGGGACAGUGGACAUGGAUCAGCUGGAAAGAUUUAUGGGACAUGGAAGCGAGACGACUUAGCUUUAUCAUCAGAGCUACAUAUGAUGUCCUUCCAACACCAGUGAAUCUUCAUCAAUGGAUGGGUAAAGAUCCAGGAUGUGCCCUCUGCUCCAGGCCAGUCUCCCUCAAACACAUACUUGCAGGGUGUAAAGUCAGCCUCACCCAGGGACGUUACACCUGGCGUCACAACCAAGUCCUAAAGAGCCUUGCCUCCACCCUGGAAAACAAACGAGUCGCCACCAACUCCUUGCCACUAUCAGCAUCUGACCCCCGGCAAACAACCAUCUUUGUCCGUGAGGGGGCUAAGGUAAUCAGGAGCAGCUCCACACCACUGGAGCAAGGCCAGCUUCGCUUAGCCUGCGACUGGAAGAUGCUGGUUGAUGUUGGCCGGCAGCUCGUAUUCCCUCCAGAGAGGCCUGACAUGGUACUCUGGUCCCCUUCUCGCAGGAAGGUCUUCAUCAUUGAGCUUACUGUACCCUGGGAGGACUCCGUGGACGAGGCUUAUGAGCGGAAACAUCUACGCUAUGCCGAGCUAGCUGCUGAAGCACAACAUCGCGGCUGGAACACUGAAGUCCGCCCUGUGGAAGUGGGGUACAGAGGGUUUGUGGCAACAUCUACCACCAGAUUGCUCAGAGACCUGGGAGUGAGAGGCCAGACCCAGCGCCUAGCCAUCAAGGCCUUGUCGGAGGCAGCAGAGAGAAGCAGCCAGUGGCUGUGGAUGAAGAGGCAAGACCCCUGCUGGGCCCGGAAGUAGCAGGCCAGGUUGACACAGAGGGGGGUGCUUCUGGGACGCCAGAAGUCACUGUUGAGCCCUCCGGACGUGUCGUGGGCUCAUCAACGAAACGUUGAGGAAGGAGGGUACCCACUUGAAAACUCCUCUGUGUCAACCUUCCAUCGUCAUCAAGUCUACUCUCUUGUGAUGUCUUGAUGGCUGCUGAGGGAGUAUACAUUUGGCUGGAAGAACGCAUUGGAAAAUCAUAGGAGCCGUAUGGAAUCCUAUCAGAGGGUGACAGCAAUAGCCAAUAGCUACAUUUUCUCUGUCCUUGCUGAGAGUCAGAAGGAGGAGUCCCAAGCCUCAAACAAAGUGAUUGUGUGACCAUGCUUCAAAUCUUCUAAUAAAGCUGUAAAUAUAAUGUAAAGCCAUAGCAAUGAAGCCCAAUGCUGCGUUCACAUCAUAUUAGAAUGAACAAACUAACACCUUCCGACUGGCUCACGUCAACCUCUGUCAUUAAACGCGAGGCAAAAAACUAAUCAGCCACGUCAUGCCACUUCUAUAGCCUACCAUGUUUGCAGGUGUAACUUGAACUGUUAUAGAUCGUUGUUUCGUAGGCGUAAUAGGCUAUGCCAUGCCCCAUACGUGUUUUAUGGAAUUUAUUUGAUAUUAUAUAUAUAAUUAUAUAUUAAUUAAAUAUAAAUUAAUGGGAUAAUAAAAUAACACAACACGCUUUACAACUGUGCUUUUUCAUUUCU